GGCCAGCAGAGGGCACUCAGCAGGAAACAGACGCUAGCUUGAUAGCUCAUGGGACGGGCCACAGCUGUGGGUUGCGCCUGAUUCCGAGAAAAGCAACUGCAACCAGGAAACAGUUCAGUUGAUGCAGUCACUGCAGCUCACAGCAAAGCUAAGCCCUACAGGCAACGUCCAGUGAAGGACAACUGGAUCAAGAGAUCCUAGGAAUAAAUGGGGAAAGGCACACAGAAGGAAAAAGUCGAGCCAGAGAAGCUGCUUAAAGUCCAAGGAGAUGCAGAGAAAGGAGCAAAGUCAGAUUAUGCACAUGACACCCUCUGGAACAUUCUUUCAUCCCGUACAGCCACAACUGCAGCCAUACUUUUGUUGGGUACCACCACCCUCUCUCUGGGAGUAUCUCUGGCAGUGGUAAUGUCUCGUGUCCCUGAGCCUCUUCUUUUUGAGCCCUGCUGCCCAGACGGCUGGGUCGGAUACCGAGGGAAAUGCUACUAUUUCUCUGAAGGGGAAGGGAACUGGGAAUCCAGCCAGUACAACUGCUCUUCCCUCGGCGCCUCCCUGGCUGGGAUCGACACUCUGCAAGACCUGGCUUUCCUGAUGCGCUAUAAGGGGCGCACUUACCACUGGAUCGGCCUGCGGCGGGAAGGAAGCCAGCCCUGGAAAUGGGUGGAUGGGACAGAAUUCAACAACAUGUUUGAAGUGAAGGGAGGAGGAAGCUGCGCGUAUCUGAACGACGUGGCCGUCAUCUCCUCGAGGUGCCAGACGGAGAAGAACUGGGUCUGUAGCAAACCCAGCCUGCAUCUGAAGAAGGACUAGAAUGGGAUGGAACAGAAGAGGCCUUAAAACAGUGAGACUCAUCCUCGCUGAAGGCAGCCGACAGAGUAGGCCCAUGACAAUCACCGAGUUGCUUUCCCUGCUACACUCACUGUGCUGUUGGCAUGUAAACGACACCCUUCAUCCCACAUGUAGCUUGCCGCACCAUUUAUGCUGCCUCAGUGCUUCAUUUGUAAUGACUAGGGUGACCAGAUGACAAGA